GUGCACAGUUUGAAAUGGAGGUAAAAGUACGCAGUAUGUGACACAGUUAAUGCCCCCAGUAUGAAAAAUUCAACUGUGGAAUAAGGUAAUGUAGGGGUUGUCAAGUGCAUAUUUGCGACUGUGAUAAAUAUAUUAUACGAGGGCAAGAAUUUGACUGAAGACUAAAGACUAAAGAGAAGCCUGAUCUUUUUGUUCAAGAGCCUUGAAUUAGUGGAGUCUUUAGUGACUAAUUGGAGCAAGAUCGUAUCACAACAGAUUUGAAAAUGAAGUGGGCAUUUCAACAUAUGCUGAUCUAUGGUUUGGCUUUGGCGGUUGCUGCAAAUAGCAACUCUACAAUCACAGGUAAAUAAAUUCAUCUUCAUAUCGCACUGGAGGGAAUAUGUAUUUCAGAGUCACUGGUAUUAUCAGGGAAAAUGAGAAUAGGUCCAUAUAAUGAACUAAAGAUUCCAAGCUUGAAAGAGAUGGACAGAAAAUAUGGAAGGAAAUGCACAUUCAUUUCAAUUAAUAGACCGAUAAGAAAAUAGUAUAUGUUUCAGAGCCAUUGGGACAUAAGAAUAUACGUCCAUGUUUUAUGAACUGAAGAUUCGAAUUACAUACAAAACAUAUACGCCCGUAUUCUAAAAGCUCACUCACACUCAAUGAGUGGAGGUUCAAUCUGAGCUUUUCUUGAGUGUCAAUGCUGUUUUUGAAUAGCUGGAGGGUGAGUACAUAGUAAGGUACGACACUAACCCUCCAGCUAUUCAAAAACAGCACUGACACUCAAGAGAAGCUCAGAUUGAACCUCCACUCAUUGAGUAUGAGUGAGCUUUUAGAAUACGGGCGAUAGAUUGAAAAUAUGAAAUUUAUGGCGUAAAACUCUGAUAAAACCCAGUUGUUUGCUAUACUUGCAAACGUCAGAAACAAAUGUAAAUUACGAAUCCUGCGUGAGAAUAUUGUAUCAUUUGUAUGACUUAUGAUUGAGUUCAAUGAUUAUUUGGUUAUGCUCUUAAUAUCCACAUAAUCGUGCACUAAGCCUGUAUUCUUCUUUUAGUCAACCAAACAUUUCCAAGUAACAACACAGCAAGAACGGAGACACGAGAAGACAGCCAUAAAAUAAUGGAGGAAGAAAACACUGUAGCUUUAGCUAAAGAACAGCAAAGACUCAUGGAAGAUUUAUUUAAAUACUACGACAAGAAUGUCAGACCUGUUCAGAAACCAAGCGAGAAUGUCACUAUACGAAUUGUACCAUCAGUGAGGCAGAUUGUUGAGAUCGUGAGUAAUUUUGUUAAAGAUAAAUUUUAGUGCUGUAUUUGCUUAGAAUAUCAGUAGUGCCGUUUGAGCUCAAAAUUUAUACAGUUGCUGCCAAUUUUUUCUUAUUGAAUCUUGAUAGAUCAAGCGCAAUAAAUUUUAAACUAUUCUUCCCAGGUUUAGUUAAGGUCCGGUUGUCCAUUUGUUUUUAUAUUAUUUCCAUUAGCCGAUGGACAAAACAGCAUAAAAUGCGCGACUGUAUAUAAAGUACAGUUAAAUCUUAUAUAUAUCACGGUCACGAGCAGCACCAGGGAAUAUGAAUGUAUACGAGAGUAUGACCCUCUAUAGUUUGAAAUUUUGUCACUCACCGCAAUAGUACAAAAUAUCUUUCCUAUUUUGCAAUAACUGUAUAUAUAAACACAAUCUUACCUUAAAGUGCAUAAUCAGCAUUUCUCAAGACUCCAGUUUCAAUGUUAUAUCUUGAAUUCAUUCUAGAAUGAAAGACAACAAGUUCUUACUCUAUACUUCUGGUUAAGACUGGUAAGUAUAAAGGGGCUUAAGGAGGCAGCUAGGAAAGAAUAAAGGACAGGGGGGUACCAAAUAAAUUUUUGCAUAGCUAGAUAGCUAAUUAUUAGUGAGCGUCUCAAAGAUGAAUUUUGACAUUAAAAUCAUCAAAACUGGUCUACUCAUAUAGUUAAUACAAUAGAUGGUUUGGAAACUCAUUAGAAUAACAAUACAUCUCAUUAUCUAUGUUGGUCAACGUUUAUUCAUAAAUCUGGUCCUUCAUCGUCACGUGGCAAAAAUACAAUACACACGUGACGGCGAAGGACCAUGUUUAUGAAUAAACGUUGACUAAUAUAGAUAAUGAGUUAUAUUGUUAUUGUAACGAGUUUCCAAACCAUCUACUCUAUUAACUAUGGUCUAUUAGACUUAAAGUAUGAGAUCCAGUCGCUCAUUGUUCCGACUGAUAUAUGGCACGUAGAACAGUGGAAUUUCCAAAACAAUGAAACACCAAUGAAUCACUUCUACACGAACAAAACAAUGAAUCACUUCUACACCAGCUACCCUAUAUAGUCACACGUGGAAAUUUUCGAAACAAAAACUUUCAAGAUUAACCAUUGCACUGAGCCAGUAAUUCCGCAGCAUAUAUUAUAGUUGGUACUUUUUAUCAAUUUUUCUGUAGUAUUGGUACGACAAGAGUUUUGUAUGGAAUACAAGUGAUUAUAGAAAUAUCAGUAACUUCAAUGUGGAACCUGAUAAAAUUUGGUUGCCUGAUAUGUCUUUGUAUAACAGGUGAGAUUUCUUUAAUUACUUAUGUAGUAUUUCUUUAUUAGUAGAUUUCACUUUUUACAUUUGUUGUCUACUAGUAAAAAAGUAAAAUUAUACCGUAGGGGGUGCUAAUCAUCCCUAUCAUCUCUUUUUAAAGAAUUACAUUUACUAAAAUUCCCUAGCUGAUAUAGUUCAUUCAGGGUGUCCACCCUUUGGUGAAGGUGAAAUUCAAGGACUUUGCAGGAUUUUCAAAGCCCGUGAACACCCUGUUCAUUAUUUAACAGUCUUAUUUAUUUAUCAGUUCCAUCACGGUACUCUUCAGCUUAUUUUUUCUGAUUUGUUUUAAAAAGUGGAGAAUGUUCAUUAUUAUAAUAGUCAGCUAUCAUCUGAACUAUCGUAUAUGCUUUAUCUAAGAUUCGAGCUAUGGUAUCUUCAAUAUUAGAUACUGUGGUCCACAGUUAUGGAAUUCUAUUGAAAAACUUAAAUUAUUUUUUAUUGCUUCAUAUUAAAGUGAUAAUUUUAUGUCGACUUUGAGAAUGAUACUUUUUCCUCUAUCUUAUUCAUAAUGUGUGUAAUUAUGUUAUAUUAUACGUUGUUGUUUAGCAGAUCACCUCGAUCUUCGUUCACCUUCGCUAAAGAUUUUGCAAGAUUAAAACAACAUUUAACUUAAAUAUUCGUCUGUUUUAUUCCAUUCAUUCGUAUUUUCGUAUUUCCCAGUGCCCAAGAGGGUCAAGACGCGUUGAUCUACCACAAAAUAAAGACUAAAAUUCAAGUGUACAGCGACGGCGAGUGUCGCUGGCUCUCCCCCUAUUUCUCCUCCACCUCCUGCAACAUUGACAGCACCCACUUCCCUUUCGACGAACAAACGUGCCAGGUGGAGAUUGCCUCUUGGACGGCCACGGGUAAUGUCAUUGAUGUUAUACUUGACAAGAACCUCACCAUUGAUACAAGUAACUACUUGGAAAACAUCCAGUGGAAACUGCAGUCAGUGUCGGCCUACAGACAGGUCAGAUUAUUUUGCUUUGCUUUGAUCAAGAUUAUGCAUUUCCAAUAUAGUAAGCGAGUAGACCUUUCCCCUUAUGAGUGAAAUUUUGAUCUAGAUAUGCCUGGCACAAUUAGUAAUAUUCCGAAAUUUCGUUGCGAAAUGUUUUAAAAUGCGGAUAAUAUAGCCUUGCGAAGUUUGCCGUUUUUCAGUCAUUUUGCAUUACAAUCUAACAUUUUGCAUCAGUUUGAUCAAACUGAUUAUCAAUUUCCCGUUUGUAAUACCAAAUGACUGAAAAACGGCAAACUUCGCAAGGCUAUAUUAUCCGCAUUUUACAACAUUUCGCAACGAAACUUCGGAAUAUUACUAAUUUUGUGAUGCUCUUUCAAGCUGUGAUGAAAUUUGUGUCCAGGCAUAUCUAGAUCAAAAUUUCACUCAUAAGGGGAAAGGUCUAUUACGAAGGACGCAGCUCAAGCUGAUCGAGUUGAAGGCUUUCUAAGGGCGCCAUGGCAGCCACUUUAUGACUCAUGUCUGGUCACGGAGCAUAGUUACGGUGGGAGGGUCAGUUAGGGGCUUAAACCCAACCCACCCUGUCAACAUUCCCUGCGGGAGGAAACCGGAGCACCUCUCAAACUCCCGGCCACGCUUUCUGCAAAAGGCCAUGUACUAUCCCUUUUGCAUUAUGCUUUAGUGCUUUUUCAGUCUCAAUAGGCAAUUCCAGCUUUUAGUUCAUGCGUGCAGGGGUGGAUGGGAAGUAAGGUAUCAUAUUGCUGAUUAUGCUGAAAAAAAUAAAAAUGGUGGCCGUGUAAACACGGAGUGAUAGCUUAUACUUGUAAAUAUUGAAAUAUUUCGGUUGUUUCGGCAGUUUUUAUUCAAAUUUUUCAGCCUUUUCAGCAUAAUCAGCAAUAUGAUACCUUACUUCCCGUCACCCCCUGCGCGCAUAAAUUAAAAGCUGGAAUUGCCCAUUGACUCUCUCAUUUUCAUUUCCACAGGUCAAGUACUAUGGAACUAAUGUCCAUCCAUUCCCUAGCCUGGUUUUCGAGUUUGUUGUCAGACGAAGAAGUCUAUUCUACAUUAUAAACCUUAUCUUCCCGUGCGUCAUUCUAUCCUUUCUUUCCCUGAUGACAUUCUAUAUUCCACCUGCAUCGGGCGAACGGAUUACAUUAUCAAUAAGCUUACUCCUGACUAUGUUAUUCACGCUGUAUAUUGUCACCGAAAAUCUUCCGCCUGACUCGACCACCGUCCCUCUACUGACUAAAUUUAUCGGCGUUGCAAUGCUGAUUAUGACUGUAUCCUUGUUUGGGACUUCUGUGGCGAUAAAAUUCGAAGGCAAGGCAGAACCGGUGCCAAGAUGGGUCUCCCUGAUAGUCGGGAAGUAUUUAGCUUGUCUUGUACUUCGGAACACUUCGUGGAUACGAGAAUGCCCGAGAAGACGACGACGGAAUCCCGAAGAGAUCGCCUUGAGUGAGCAAUCGCAUGAGGAAACCCCAAAAGGGUUGCUGGAAAAUGAAGGCGGAGCACAACCUGACAACACCUGCCGGCAUCGCUCGCCUCAGUCUUCUUGGAACAACACCGAGCAAGGUUCUGGAGAAACCUCAGCCGUUCCCAAAGCAAGUAAUCCUAUUAUGUCCAGGAUUGUUCAAAUGUUUCGCCAUCUUGCAGGUCGUGUCGAGACAAAGGCUGCGAUCGAGAAAGCUCAGGAGGAAUGGAAGGAAAUAGGAAUGAUACUCAAUACGUUGUUUCUCGGGACAUUUUUUGCCGUCUUGUUCAUUUCCACUAUUGUUAUCUUUAGUGGCGCAAGAUACACUGAGUAAUAACAUGAAGUACUUGUGUCUAAUCGAGUUUAAACAAUUUAUACGGUACAUUCAAUUUUUGUUGUAACAUAAAUUUAGAUUGUUUGUUAGUAGUUGCAAGUUAACUUUUGCCUGGGGAAAAAAUUCUCAAGGGUAAAUUUCUUUCACAGCAGGAAAUAAUAUUUCGAUUUCUGGGAUCCUAAGUUUUGGGGUCAAAGUUUUCUGCCAAGGUCACUAACAUUCUUCCUAAUAAAUUAUUUUCUGUGCCUGGUAGCAUUAUCCAAUGCCCUAACAUUUUCUGUCAGCUAAGCCAGGUCUGAAAAUUUUCUGGGAUCCUAUAGAAGCCCACCAUCACUUCUUGUUAUGGUUUCUUUUGGGUACCAGUUUGCGCAAGUACAGGUAUAGAUUUCUUACAAGAAUUACCUAAUUCUCAAACAUUAUGUCUUGGCAAAUUCUGGUAAUUAGUGAAAGAUCUGUUAUUCUAACUAAAGUUAAUGUACAGCCUUUCGUCUUCACCACAGAAUUUAGUUGACAGCACGUUGGACAAAAGCAUGAAAACAUGUGUACAACAUGCACUGUUUGAAAAUCAUUGGGAUAAGUAGAACAUUCUGCCAAGAACCAAGAUACAGAACACAACGCUAAAGCUCGAUUCUCAUGUGAUGUAAUCAACCAAAUAUACUGAAUAGAU